UAUAAAUAGGUACUGCUUAUCGAACUUAUAAUUGUCGAGAACCAAUACUGAAGUAUCGUUAGACGAGGACACUUGACAUUCAAAUUGAAUUGCUCUUUCAGACAAAAAUUAAACAACAUUCUACCAUGACGAUUGAAAGUAAAUUGUUUGAUCUGUGUAUUGAUGAAAGUCCACCAAGGAAUGAACCAUUAGUAGCCAAGUUUAAGAGGAGUUUUGCUUUUCCAGUACUAUCGAAACUAAGUCCAUUUAACAUAUCCAAAACUGGUAGUUAUUUGUCAGCAAAUAAGAAUGUUAUUUUACAAAAAUAUGGAGCGGAAGCUGAAAAUGACAUUGUAUCAAUUUUGGAAAAAUUGGAUACUUUAAUAGCAGAUAUUUCAAAUAAUAAGCCAUUUAGAGAAUUGAACUCUGAUAAUAUUGACGUUAAAAUUUGGAAUAAAGUUCUUGAUGAUUUUUCGGAUCAAGAUGGAAAUCGUCCAACUUGGUUGUAUACAAACUGGUUGUAUAGUGAAUGUUAUAUACAUCGUCGUAUAUUUGAAGCAUUUGAAACUAGUACAUUAUUAAAAAACUAUGAUCCAUUUUUUGAACAAAAAAUGAAUGCUUUAAUACAUUGUGAAGAUGCUAUGGAUAUUUUGGGAAAAUUCUUAAUCAAAUAUUUCAAUAAAAACGAUGUUCUGUUGAAAAAUCUUCGAGAAGAUAUACCAAAAAUCAUCAAGUGUGCUUUGUGGGGAAACCGUUGCGAUCUUUCACAAACUGGUGGUGAUGCUAUUGCACAAACUGAGAGCCCAUUAGAUUUGGUUAAUUCAUUACAACCACUUAUGCUUACUGACGAAUCAUCUAAAAUAGUUGAUUUUUUACUUACUUCACUCAACGAAUCUAAUGACAAUAAAAUUUUAGAUAUUAUACUGGACAAUGCGGGCUAUGAACUUUUCACAGACUUAUGUUUAGCUGAUUAUUUGAUAACAUACAGACUUGUAAACACUGUACGGUUUCAUGGAAAAGCUAUACCAUGGUUUGUAUCUGAUGUAACUAUUCAAGAUUUUACAGCUACUAUUAAUUAUACAGCUCAAAAAUCUAAAAGUGAAACAUUAAAAGAAUUAGGCAAACGAUGGGAAGCCUAUUUUAAAUCAGGUCAAUGGAUAUUUGAAAGUGAACAAUUUUGGACCUUGCCAUUCAAUUUUGGUCAAAUGAAGUCAUUAGAUAAUGAUUUAUACUCUAAACUUUCGCAGUCAUUUUUAAUUAUAUUUAAAGGAGAUCUUAACUACAGAAAAUUAGUUGGUGAUGUAUUUUGGGAGCCUACUGUACCUUUUUCUCAGGCAGUAGGAAGUUUUAAACCUUCUAAAUUACUAGCAUUAAGAACAUUGAAAUCGGACAUCACUUGCGGCUUACCAGAAGGCUUAGCAGAAGAUAUAUCAAAAAAUGAUCCGGAUUGGUUAAAAAUCGGAAAAUAUGCUGUUAUUCAUGUAGAUGGUUUUUAAAAUGUAUUAUUAUCUAUAUCGUGAUUAGAAAACAUUUUUUUUUUUUAAUUUAAAUUCAAUAGAAAAUUA